GUGCGCUGUAAACAGUUUUAAAUUCGAUGCGGAAUAGUUAAGUCGCAGUAUAAUCAAAAGCGCGGGUUCGGUUAAAAAAAAAAUUAAAUUAUUUUUUUCCGAUUUUUGUCGAUACAUAUUGUGUGUCUGUUUUGUUGAGCGCGUCGUCACCGUCUCCGGUGUAUAUUGUUACGUUUUCGGUAUAUUGAAUGUGGGAAUCGUGUUCAAAUUAUAUAGACCGUGUCAACAAGAAGGUGUGAUAAAUCAGAAGAAUCAAAGAAGAAUAGAACAAAACUAACGAGGACGUUGAAAGCUAUAAACGGAUAUAAUAUAAAGAGAACGGAUAUUAAGAAAGAUAAACUAAAUCACCCAAAAUGACCGAACCAAUUCUGAAAUCAUGCUGCAAAUUCAAUUCACUGGCCACCGGUUCCAUCAUAUCUGGUAUGUUGGGCAUUGUGCUGGCUAUCGCUUCGAUGAUUGUACUGUUCACCUUGCGCGUCGAAUUCCGGACGAUCGUAUUCGAUUGGUUCCCGCAGUAUGUGGUCAAAAUCAUCUUGGCCAUCAAUCUUUGCAUGACAAUAUUCAUAUCGAUAUUGUUGAUUGUCGGUGUGGUUAAGAGAAACCAUUACUUGAUGAUGCCAUGGGUCGUACUCGGAAUAACGAUCGCAAUCGGACUGUUAAUAUCGGUCAUUUACACCGCUGUUGUGUUCUUCAUCGAAGGAUUUAUUUUGGCUGGCUUUUUAUGGCUCAUUUUCGGAUUCCUAGCGUGUUUGAUCUACGCAUACAUGUGGAUGGUGGUCUACAGUCACUUUAUCGUUUUGAAAGAGGAACGGAGCAGAGGGCGCUACAAUAAACAACCGUAUCGAAGAUAACUUAAACUGUAAAACGAUGCAAUUUAUCGAUUACAAUACGAUCUAUGGGUCAAACUAAUGAUUUGACAAAAAUAUUAUCUUCAUAAGUGUAGAGCAAAGCGUUAACAAGUCAUUUACCAUUUUUAUAAUUAUACUUUAACAUAGAAACUGUUUAGUGUGGUAAGAAAGUUUAAAAUUUUAAUUUUAAUUUUUUUGUUGCGUUUAUGUUUCUGAAUGUUUUUUUUUGUAUUAAUUUAUUGUUAACAGAA